UUCUCACGUACGCAAAUUUUUCUCCGCUCAAGGGCAUUUGUUUUUGCCGUCGUCAUCGACUCGUCGCCAUUAACAUGGAUGGCAUGAGGCCACCUUCGAGUAAAGCCUUUGAAAACCCUGCCGCGGAGAAGGAGGCGGGCAAAAACCCUGCCUUUUUCGACAUAUACGGUCCAGAUGCAAUGGCUGAGGUUUUUUGGAAAUCUUCUUCAAAGUCUUCAUCAAUUAGCCUCCAGGACAUUCAGGGACUUGUUACUUGGGUUCUUGGUGAAGGUGUGAUGCCAACUUGGGUUUUUGUCAAGAACAAGCCACUUAUACGGAAAGUUGUCCUGCUCCAUGUUCCAGGCUUAGAUGCUGCACUUUAUAUGUCACAUUCCAAGAUUUUUAGAGGUCUCACAGAUUGCUGUGGCAUUCCAAAGCCUGUUUUAUCUCUCAGUUGCAUGGCUGAUGAUAUCCAAACCGUUGAUGCACUUUUGACAUGCAAAGUGAAACGAAAGCGAGAGCAGAAUGAUUCCGAACCAGAGGCAGCCAACAUAGUUACACAAGAAAAGGCUCAAAAGGAUUCACCAUUUCCGUAUUUAUAUUUCACCCUUUCGAAGAAGGAGUUGGAGGACAAUGGUUAUUGCUUCAGUAAGCCAGAUUUUGUCCCCACUGUUCCUGCUCCUGCUGGUACAUCUCCUUAUGAUAUCCUGUCUCUUGACUGUGAGAUGUGUGUGACUGCCAUUGGGUUUGAACUUACGCGGGUGACCUUGGUUAACAUCAUGGGAGAGGUGGUUCUAGAUGAACUCGUUAAGCCUUUGAAUGCUAUUGUCGACUAUAAUACUAGGUAUAGUGGUAUCACAGAGGAGAUGCUUAUUGAUGUUACGACAACGUUGGAGGAUGUUCAGAAUGUUUUUCUGAAACAUGUCUACAAGGAAACAAUUCUAGUUGGGCACUCCCUGGAGAAUGACCUUUCAGCACUGAAGAUUUCUCAUAAUUUAAUAAUUGACACUGCUAUUUUAUACAAGCACACACGUUCUGGAACCCGGAAACCAGCAUUACGAGUUUUAUCAUUGAAGUUUCUCGCUCGGAAGAUACAAGUUCCAGGAGAAGGGCAUGACAGUGUUGAAGAUGCAAGAGCUGCAAUGGAUUUGGUUCUUUUGAAGAUUAAAAAUGGACCUGAAUUUGGAUCACGCUCCUCACUGAUACGAUGCAAAUUAGUCUCAAUUUUGCACGAAUGUGGCAGAAAAUGCUCCCUUGUAGAUGAUUCAUCCAUUUUAAGAAGAUUUUCGGAUGAAUCUUCCAACGUGAUUCCUGUUUAUUCGGAUGAAGAAGCCCUUUCAAAAGCCAUAAAAGAGGUAAAGAAUGAAAAUACAAUCUUUGUUUGGACUCGAUUUUCAAGAUUACUUUCGUAUUGGAAGAUGCAAACACAGAAUAUAGAGACGUUGAAGUAUCGGGUGGCUGAAAUGGUUUCAAUGUUGACGUGUGAUAGUAAAUUGGCUAGGCAAGAAAUAAGCCAUCUGAACUCAAGUUCAGAAUUGAAAGAAAUUUUAUCUGAAAUGGAUGAAAGGAUUCAAAAGCUAUACAAUGCGUUGGCAGGGAAUACUUUAUUUAUUGUAUCCACUGGCCAUGGAGAUAUUGGGAUUGUUCAGAGAUUUUCCAGAAUUAUGAAAAUGGAGAGAUUUCGAGCCAGUGCUGCUGUAAAAAACUGGAGGAAGCUUAAGAUGACGAGCAAGAAGUGCAACUGAGGUAGAUGCAGCAGCUAUUCCAUUCCUGUUCCAUUCCUGUCUAUUUUGUGGUGUAUAAAAGGCUGAAUUAAACUUAUAACCAUACGUGAACUUUACUAAUAUUGGAUGGAAUUCUUACUUGGUGAAAUCAAUAUGGUUAUAUCGGAAUUAACCCAGAAUAGCCGAAAUUUUGUUUGUUGUAUUAUCUGGCUUGCCAGUUUUGUUUCAAUUAUAAUGUUUAUUCUGUUAUUCUCGCUUCAUUGUUCCAUUUGGGUUCUAUAAAUCUCAGCAGUGAUGAAUGGCAGUUUUUGGUUUGUAUGAAGUAUGUAAAUGUAUGGAAUAAGAAUGCAAAUUUGAAUUUGUUGCCUUCU